AUGGUUAUUUUUACCAACACCACUGUCCUCAGAUGGAUGGAAGACUCGAAGAUCGUUUCAGUGUCUUGGUGCCACGGAAGAUUGUUCAUCGGCACUAGUCUGGGACAAAUAUGCUCGUUCAAGUCUCCUUCCAUAAAUAGUCCCGUGGACGUCGAUGAAAAGUCGAAGAUUACGGUUUCAAAGAAGCCGAUCGUGCAGAUAAGUUCCCUGGAGCCGCGAGAGGAGGUGCUGGCGCUGGACUCGGAGGGGGAUUUGUACAUAGUCAACAUACUCUUUAAGACGAAGCCGGUGGUGCUGUGCAGAAGGGUCUGCUCCUUCACGAGGCAGGCUAUCGAGUCGUACGAAGACGUGAGGAACGCGGACAGAAUACUGCCAAUAACAUACAUGGCGAACAUCUGCGUGGGCCUGAAGCAGAAGAUACAGAUAUACUCGGCGAUCGGAGAGAACAUAGUGCACCAAAGGGAGAUCGCAAUACCAGACCUGGCGCUGAGCAUAUGCUGGCUUAACAACAUGAUUGUGGUCGGCUCCCCGACGGCAUACUCGAUGCUGAACGCGGAGGGGACGGUGUACACGGAGCUCUGCAGAAACGACGUCGGAGUGGACAAGAGGGCGUACCAGGAGAAGGGGCCCGGGAACAUUAUAACGUGCACGUGCGUCGACGACGACGUGAUGGUGGUCUGCGACAACAUCGGAGUCUUCUAUAACGUGGAGACGAUGAACCUGUCGAAGAAGAACACGAUACAGUGGAGUGGCACGCUGGAGUCGCUGGGCUCGUGCCCACCCUUCAUCGUUGGCCUGACGUCGAAGAAGAAGCUGGAAAUACACGGAAUCAGAGACCAGACGCUGUACAAGACGCUGGACCUGACGACAUCGGCGAUAACGUGCUUCAUGCCGGACAAGUGCAGCUUCCUGUGCGCGACCUCGUCAGUGGUCACUGCGGUCCAGCCCUCGAGUUACUGCGACAACAUAUCGAACUUUCUGGAAAACGACAAGAUCACGGAGGCGCUGCAGCUGGUGAGCCUGUACUUCUCCGAAAGUGAUCCGCGGAGGAGGUCGGAGGUGAGCACAUGCCACACGAUCGCAGGCUGGAUAUACUUCGCAAAGCUUAACUUCCCGUGCGCGUUCCUGCACUUCUCGUUCGGGAAGGUGGACAUUGUGUACCUGCUGUCCUUCUGGGAGGAGUACUACCGGCUGGAGACGCCCGAGUCGUACCAGUUGAAUAGAGAAGUCCCGCAGUUCCUGCUGCACCUGAUACCGAAGAACGGGACCAUAAACAAGUUCAUCGAAAGCUCGCUCAACGACCCGCAGUUUGUGAAGUUUAACCAGGUGCACAUGAGUAAGAAGGAGCUGAUAGAGAUGGCGAACGGGUCGUUCGCGCUCUUCCUGUCUAAGAAUUUUAACACGCACGAGAUGUACACCUCGGAGCACGAGGAUACAAUGUCGGACUUCCACAAGAGGCUGGCAACAUCGAUAGAAACCAUAACCUUUUUGCUCUUAUCGGAGUGCGACGACUCUAGAUACAACCUGAUACUGAGGAAGGACAGGACGAACUCGUACAUCGACGUUGACGCAACGAAGAAUCACCUGAUUGACAUGAACAAGAGUGACCUGUACGCGAAGCUGCUGAUCAGGGACGGGAGGCUUAUGGAGGCGAUGGGAGUGCUCUCUGAUCUGGUGGCCUCGCAAAGCGUGCACUCAUAUCACCACGAGGAGAGUGGCACAAAUUCGCCGUGCGAAGAGUUGGCGCUAUGCAUUAAUACGAUACUGGACUCACUGGGCAAAAGUGAAAAUUCAGAAUCCACAACCAGCUUCACCACUGAGGAGAUAAAGCAGAUGUUACACACGUAUCUGCCCCUCCUAUUUGAAAGCUCGGCGACGUCAGCAUUGCAUGUGCUGACGAAGAACCACUCAACACUGCCGCUCACAUCGGAUGAGAUUUUAAGUAUGAUUAAUGAGCAGACGAAGAAGACAUCGCACGGACACUUGGGAAUGCAGCAGCUGCAAAUCAAGUACCUGGAGGACCUGGUCUUGAAGAAUAAGUCGGGAGGAGUGCACGAGAACACACUGCUGGCGAAAUACUACAUAGAUUCACUUUCGAACGACAACUUUAACAUUGACAGUAAACAGGGCCCCGAGAGAAAAAAUGAGGUUAAACGGACGCUUUUUCAACUGCUGGAGGGCAACUACACGUUCGACUUCUCAAAGUUGGACGACAUGAUCAGGGACCUGGACAUCCAGGAGGCCAAGAUCAUCCUGUACGCAAAGUUGGGGAAGCAUCACCAGGCGCUCGAGACGAUAUACACGAAGUGGAACAGCGACCGCGUAAAGCUCUGUGAAGCCUACUGCCUGUGCUUUGGGGACGUGGCGGAGCAGAUGAACAAGGACAACCCGUACAAGAGGCUGUUCACGAACUACGCGCACUGGAUUCGGAAGGCGGAGCAGUGGCCCCUGGAACGGCCGAACGCCUACCUGGUCGACAAACAGUCUGAAACUUCGAUAGAUAAGCUGGUAAUGCAGCUGCUGAAGAUUAUCGUGUCUCACAGAAACGACGUGCCUGACAACGGGGCGGUCGCAAAGCACAUCCUCUCCAAGUACAUACACUUCUGCGGCCACAACUCGGCGCUGAACGGCAUCAGCAUACUCGAGGUGAUCCCGGGAGACUGGAACUUUAACCAGUUCGCGGACCUGUUCAACCACCUGCAGCUGCGACUGCUCCACGAGCAGAGGACGAAGUCGAUAAAGAGGGGGCUCGCGAGGUCGCUGCACCUGAAGACGUCCCUGUCGCUCUACAAGCUCACGUCGCUCCCGCCGGUGAAGAUAGAUACCAGCACCCUGUGUAUGGUGUGCUCGGAGCCGAUUAAGAUCGGAACGAGCAUAGCAAUCAAGGUUCCUCAGCAGCGAGAGGGCUCGGAGCAGGCGGGCUACGCGAAACAGCCGUUUGUAGUCCACGAAUACUGCAUCAAAAAGGGCCACAUGUCAUAG